AUGUUAGCUAAAGAAGCUUUUGAUGGAUUGAGAGUGCUGCAUUUUAAGAACCUUGCCUAUGAAUUAAGGUCGAAAGAUAUUGAGUGUCUUCUCAAGCGUCUUGGUGCGACGAAUAUCCAGAUUUUCCUCUCAUGCAAUCCAGCAACAAAUCAUCGAGCUCUUGCAGAAUUCAAGAGCACCGAUGAUUGCUGGCGAUUAAUAAAAUCUCUGCACCAACGUGAGGUUUGCGGAUAUCGUUUGGUUAUUGAGUUUGGACGUUUCAAUCAUUGCCAGUCUGGCGCUGUGAGGCCAAAGGAUAAUGAGGGAAUAUCCCCUGAAGAGUCCUCUUUACCAAAAUGGGUUGAAAAUGUCACCUCACUGUCAGCAAAGUGGUUACCAGGCCAUGCCUUAACCGAUGCAUUUUAUUCGUAUCCCAAGGCUACACCUACCAUUCUUACUAAUAUCGUCCGAUGCCUUGCCUCAGUGUCUGCAUUUUACGUUCAAACGCUCCAUUUGAUGAAUCGAUUAAAUUUGCCGGCACCAUUUUGCAACACGAAUGAGUUUCCCGGCUGUCUCUAUGUUAUAACCGAGGAAGAGCUCCUUCAUCGCCUGCCUCCACCGUCAACCUCUCAAAUGAAUGGUAUUCCCGAAGAGAUGGACGUCUCUAGUGGUCCCGAGAGCGAAAUCAAUAGUGGCUCCGAUGACGGCGCUGGAGCCGGUGAUCCAGGGAAACUGGCCUCAUUGACUUCUUUGCCUCGAAAAGCUCCAUCAAAAUUGAAGGCUGGGCUUCUGAAGCGAGAGGAAAGGCGAUUAGACUUUCGAGGAAAGGCACUGAGACCAACCUUGUGUGUGUCAGUUGGUAGUGAUGACGGAGAAGAGAAGUCUUUUCAGCCGUCGUUGUUAUCUGCGCAGUCCUCCGAGCCCGUAUUUGAAGAGUGCAUUUUGCGCUCCGCCCCACAUAUCGAGAUGCGACUUACUGAUGCUGCCAAAGACACUAUGAAAGGAGCUGAUGAGAAUGCAAUAGCUGGGGGAUUCGGUGUCUUCUCGAACUCAAAGUCUGCAGAUGAUGAACUCUCUCCGCAUGGUAACUUGACUCGCGCAUCGUGGCUUCUUGAGAGAGAUAAAAGAACAGAGGAUGUGGUAGAUGGAGAGGAAGAUGACGAGUACUUAUCCAGACCGGCUCCAUUGUCGCCUGGAGAGCUCUAUGCAGGAAAAAUGUCGCAUACAGAUUUGGCGAGUAAUCCAAUUUUCAGCAAGUCCACCGGUCCUGGAAUCCCAUCCUCUCGACUCUAUGUCAAGAAUCUGCACAAGCGGACGAAUGAGGAGGAUCUCUGGCGAGUGUUCGGUUCAUUCCGUCAGGAGACUCGUCACAAAGGGAUUCCCAGCCAAUUUUCCAUUCAGCUCCUAACUGGCGGACGUAUGCGCGGUCAGGCCUUCAUAGGCUUCGAUUCCGUUGAAUUGGCUGCAGAAGCGCUGAGUGCUACCCACGGUUUCUUGCUCAAUGGGAAGCCCAUGCACGUCCAAUUCGCACGAGGCGUCAUGGCCAAACCCGAUCCCAACAGUCUCAUCACGCGAAACGACUAA